UCUAGGUACAAUUUUCUUUAUUAAUUUAAAAAAAUUAAUUUGUAUUUUCAUUGAAUGUUUUUGCUAGUAAUUGAUUAUUAAAAUUUUGUUUGAAAUAACCCUAAAUCAUUUUUUCAAUUCUGAAAAAAUAAACUACAAAUGAUGAGUCAUUAAUUUGCAAAUUUUGAUAUAAAAAAAAAAGGAUACAAGAUAUCAAUCUAUUCAGUGGGCACUUAUUUUAAGAAUAAUUUAUUCGACAUCAUGAGUCAUUCAGAAGUAGAAACACCAGCUGCUCCAGAAUGGUUGGUAAAGUUAGAAGAACGUCGUGAAAGAAAGUUGAAAUCAAAAUUGGGGCAUGAAUCUGGUGCCGGUGCGCCUUGCAAUGAAUGCGGAGAUAAAUGUCCUGGUUUGGACUUGCAUUUUUGGAGAAAGGUUUGUAGAAAUUGUAAAUGUCGGAAAGAUCAACAUAUGUGCCAAGAUGAUGAUAUUACUGGUUGGGCCCAAUUUGAAAUACUUGGUCAGAUUCGAUCUAAACCAGCAUACAUUAAAAUAAAGGCAUUAGCAGAUCAACCAGUGAAAUUGGAUUGGAUUCCACCAAAUUCUGAUCCAGAUAUAAUAUCCGAUUAUAUGAAUAAAUUGGGCUCGAAUAAAAUCCCUAUUGCUGGCAGCGAUGCAGCUGCUAAACGUAAGCAGCAGUUACAAUUUCAAGUGCCCGCUCAUGAUAUGGAUGCAACGCUUUGUGAUAAUUUAACUGAUUCAGAAACAGCUCAACUUGAACAAUAUGUGAAGAAAAUUCGAGAAAAUUGUGUGGGGCAGGGAAAUGUCGUUCGAAUAGGUGAAGUGAAACACGCACAAGUUAAUCAUUUGAAUAGGCAGCCAGAGAAGAAUUUCAAUAAAAAGUUAGAAAUUUUGCGAAAAAUUAAUGAAACCCCGGGUGAUAUUGUUAAAGAUAAAACUGCUAUGAGUUUACUAAAUUCUGAGCAAUUAACUAAUGCAAUUUUAUUGAAUCAGCCAUUACCAAUCAGAACUCAUUUAAUUGUCCACUCUGAUGUAAUGAAUCCGUCUGUUCUUCCACCCCAUCUUGAAGCAAAACUUACAAAUUCAACAAAAGAUAAACUCAAAAAUAUUCCAGUGAACAUUGCAAGUGCGGAGAGUAUUACAAUAAAUGGUCCAUUUUAUGAAAAAAUUUUGGAUAUUUUAGAUAAGAACAACUUAGAUAUUUCGAAAGAUCCAAUACUUCAGCCUAUAAAAGAUUUUAUACGUGAAUAUAAUUCAAGUCCAACAUUUAGAAAUGAUAUUGACCAAGCUAUUAAAUCUAAUAAACAGUAUUCAACUCCCAUAAAAGGCAUAAAACCAGCUGCCUCCGAUGCUUUUAAUUCACCAGUUCCAUUACGUUAUCCUGCACAAACAAAAUUUGGAACUUUAAUUAAACAGGAUACUCCGAUGAGAAAAGUAAAAUUUGGAGGUGUUGACAUUAUACAUGAUUUAGGUUUACCUGCAGAUGCUAAAUUUGAAAGAGAUAAAAUUCUUUUAAAUAUUGUCAACUCUGAAAAAUUAGCCAAUAUUUUAAAACCACCGCACAACAAAUUUGAAUGUAAGCCAUUUGCAAUUUCUGAUCAAACGAUGUUUCCGAAUUUGGAUUCAGACGACCUUCAAUAUUUUAGUCCUAAAAAUCAAAACAAAAUCAAUGAAUUUGGCUUGAAUAAAGAUUGUUUAUUAAGCGGUUUUAUUAAUGGUCCACAUUAUGAUCAAAUUUUUGGAAAUUUACAAAACAAAGGAAUUAAUGUUUCCGGUUGUAGAAUUCUCCACCCACUUAAAAUGUAUCGGCAGGAGUUGCUAAAUGAUAAUGUAUUUGAAAAAGAAAUUGCAAACUUCGUUGAAAACCAACCAAAUAAUAAGUUUUUGGCUAUUUCAAAUGGCGUACCUUAUUCGAAUACCAUUCCAGCUGAAAAUUAUCCUCAAAAUCCGCUUUUAUCAGGAUCAAAAAGUUCUGAUUCUGGUUUUGAAUCGAAACCCCCAACUCCAAAUCAAAUAACUAAUUCAGAUUUUAAUCAAUUUGCGGACGCUUCUUUAGGGAAAUUUACUUCAAUUCCGGGCAUAGAAGAUUUAAAUAUGUAUCCAACAGUUCAUUUUUCAGGUAAUAAAUCAAUUCAUGAUCUUGGAGAAGAUUUUUCGCAAUUAGGUGUUGUGGAUCCACCACCAAAAGAAAACGUCGAGGAUAUAAAAGCUGUUCCAGUAUUAAAAUGCAAAGACUGUCAGAAAUUUAUUAUGUCUGGCGAAGUAGCUGUUAAAGCAGAAAGGGCUGGUAAAGAGAUUGCUUGGCAUCCAGAAUGUUUCAAAUGUCAUUCGUGUAAGGAACUUCUUGCUGAUUUAGUUUAUUUCUUUCAUUCUGGCAAUGUUUAUUGUGGUCGAGAUUUAGCAUUAAUAUUAAAAAUACCGCGAUGCAAUGCUUGUGAUGAAUUAAUUUUUACAAAAGAAUAUACAGCUGCCGAAAAUGCAACUUUUCAUAUAAAACAUUUCUGUUGUUAUCAAUGUGACAUUCCAUUAGCUGGUAAACAAUACAUUCCUGAUGAAAAAACUAAUAUGCCAUUAUGCUUGAAUUGCUAUGAUCAAUAUUAUGCUGAGAGAUGUAAACGUUGUCAAAAUCAAAUAGGACCGACCGAGCAAGGUGUCAAAUGGGGUGAAAUACAUUGGCAUGGAACAUGCUUUAUGUGCGCUGGAAUAAAUUGUGGUAAAUCUCUUAUUGGUGGUAGAUUUUGUGUAAAACAAGAUAUGCCAUUUUGUAGCCCAGCGUGUGUUAAGAGCGUUUUAAAUUAAAUAAUAAUUUUUUUUUGUUUUAUCUUAAUAUGAAAUGCAUACAUAAUGUAAGCAUACAAUAUGAAAUUAAUUGUGAAUUUUAUUUUAAAACUGAUUGUAUUAAUUAAAAAGGUUGCUUUAGUAAUAAGUAGUGAUAAUAUAAGUGCUAAAAUCAAAAAUUGAGGUGCCUCUCUUUUAGAGAAUUUAAAAAAAAAUUUAUAGUAUUUUAAAAAUAUUUUUAAUUUUUUUAAUUGAAUAAAUUAAUACCAUCCAAAUAUAUAAAAAAUAAUUAUACAAUAUACAAGUCUCUAUAUAAAUAUAUAAAAUUGUAAUUGAAAUUUUGGAAACUUUACAAUUUAUUCAGGUUAAGUAUACAUAUAUAAUUUAUUGUAAACUCUAUUGCAUUUAAAAAUUUAUAUUAUAAACAUUCGUAUUACAUACAUAAUAUAAAAAAGUAUUCUUUUAAAAGUUUUUCUUUUACAAGAUGUAAACUUUUGAAAAACAAAAAGAAUACCUCCGUCUAGCAUGUGUGUAAUCUAAUUUAAGAUUUUGUCAA